AUGAUGAAUCUUUGGAAGGUCGUAAGCGCACUGGUAUCGGCAGGCCAGCGUCGCGUCAAUCUUGGCUUGCCGACGUUGGUCGCACUGGGUGUGGUCAUUGCGCUGACGGGCAUCUGGUGGCUUGGCCCGCGCUGGGUAUGGGGCGCGCAUACGCCGUUGGCCGACGUGUCCAUGCGGCUGUCGGCCAGUGUCCUGGUGUUGUUUGUUCCGCUGCUGGUCUGGACGCUGCUGGUUUUCAGGCGCCAACGCCAGUGGCGGCUUGAGCAGCAGCAAACGGCCGCACGGGAGUCGGAUCCCGACUUGAAGGAGGUCGAGCUUCAGCAGUUGGCGCUGGAUCAAAGCCUGGCGGCGCUUCGCCAAAAACUGGGGCAUGGCGAUAUCUAUGAGCUGCCCUGGUACUUGGUCCUGGGUCACAGGAAGUCCGGCAAAAGCAGCCUGAUCGGCUCGCUCCAGCAGGAGGAAUCGCUGCUUAAUCUCAGUUCUCAGCCAGGCGAAGGCGAUCUCGCCGAUGGCGAGAAAGUGCAAUGGUGGCUGGGCCAUGAAGCACUGCUGAUUGACACGCCGGGUGAGUUCGUCAGCCAGCCCCUGGCGCAAGGAGAAGAGGAAUCCCACACAGGGAUUCAUGCACGUCUCUGGGAGCAUUUUUUGCGCUGGCUGGACGGCAAUCGCAGCCGCCGCCCGCUCAAUGGGAUUGUAUGGAUGGUUGAUCUGCGUCGGUUGCUGUCCCAGACAGCACAGGAAAACCACCAGGAGGCGCAGGCGGUCCGGGCCAGGCUGGAUGAGUUGGGGCGGCAGUUGGGGGCUCGUUUGCCGCUGUAUGUGGUGUUCAGCAAGGUUGAUCUGCUGGAAGGGUUUGAUGAGUUUUUCAGCCGCUUGCCGGUGUCGGUGCGCCGGGAGGUGUUGGGGUUCACUUUUUCCCUGGGUUCGAUCGACAAGCGCAACGCCUGGGCGGAUGAGUUCCAGCGCCAGUAUGAACAGUUCAUCGUGCGGUUUACCGAGCAGAUCAUGGACGCAUCAAGCGUGCCGUACCGAGAGCAGGAGCGUCCGCGUUUGCUGGCCUUGAUUCGCCAGUUAUCGGGUAUCCGCAACACGCUGAACGUGUUUUUGCUGGCCGCGUUGGGUAAUGACCGGCACACCCUUUCGGCGUUGGUACGCGGUGUUUACUUCACUUCAGCGGUUCAGAAGGGCCUGUUGCUCAAUGCGGUUGCAACGUUGGCCAAGCCGGCAGCGAGUCAGGUCUAUUUCACGCAGCAACUGUUCCAGCGGGUCAUCUACCCCGAAGCCGGGCUUGCCGGUGACAACGUCAGGGUUGCCCGCAGCAAGCGCCGCCUGCUGAUCACUGGUGCCUGCGUGGCUGGGCUGGGUUGUUUAUCGGUUAUCGGUGGCUGGCAGCAUUACUUCGAUAUCAACCGCGAUAAAGCCGCCAACGUGUUGGCCAAGAGCCGGGAAUUCAGUCAUCGCAAUAUCGACACCCACGUCGAUGCCACCGGGCGAAACCUGUUGGCGCCGAUGGAUCAGAUUCGCGAUGCGGUGUUGGUGUACGGCGAUUAUCGGGAAGCCUGGCCGUUGUUAUCUGACAUGGGCCUGUACCAGGGCCCGGCGAUUGGGCCGACCGUGGACAGGGCCUAUCUGAACCUGCUGUCCAAACGAUUCCUGCCCGCCAUCGCCAGCGGCGCCCUGAGGCAAUCAACGCUGCGCCCCUGGCAGCAAUCAGCAACUGGCGGCCUUGCGCGUCUAUCGCAUGAU